AUGGACUCGGGUGUUCAAACACGUAGUCAACAAAAACCAUCAACAACAUUAUUAGAUUGUUUUAAGCACUUCACAAAAAGAGAAGUCUUAUCUGAUGAUGAUCUAUGGAAAUGUCCAAAAUGUGCUAUGUUAAAAAAAGCUACGAAAAAAAUUGAUCUAUGGCUUUUACCAAAAAUUUUAAUUGUACAAUUAAAACGGUUCAAUUAUACUCGUUAUUAUCGCGAUAAAAUUGAUUUACGCAUAGAUUGUCCCAUUAAUUUAGAUUUAUCUCAAUAUGUUCUAAAUCCAGCCGAGAAAGCAAAAGGAAAAUAUAGCCUGAUCGCUGUUAGUAAUCAUAUGGGAGGUCUAGGUGGUGGACAUUAUACAGCAUAUGCAAAAAAUUCUCAUGACAAAAAAUGGCAUAUUUUUGAUGACUCAUAUGUAUCAGAAGCAAAUGAAACUGACGUUGUUGGUAAAGCAGCUUAUGUUCUUAUUUAUCAACAACAAUAA